UAAAAAAUGACAAAGUAUGAAUACCAUCUAUACCUUUAUUACCUAUCUUUCUCGAUUUUCCAACCAAACAACAACAAUGGAGAACCAUCUUCAACAUUCCUUAACCAUCAUUCCUAAACCGGAUCUAAUCAAAGAAGAACAACGUUAUCACGAAGAUACGGUGAGCUUGCAAGCGGAGAGGAUUUUGCAUGCCAUGACCUUCCCCAUGGUUCUCAAAACUGCUUUGGAGCUUGGCGUUAUCGACAUGAUCACUUCUGUAGAUGACGGCGUGUGGCUCUCGCCUUCUGAGAUCGCUCUUGGUCUCCCAACCAAGCCCACCAAUCCGGAGGCACCAGUAUUGCUGGACCGGAUGCUAGUUUUGUUAGCCAGCCACUCAAUCUUGAAGUACCGUACGGUAGAAACCGGAGAUAACAUUGGAAGUAGAAAGACCGAGAGGGUCUAUGCAGCUGAACCGGUUUGCACGUUUUUCUUGAACCGCGGAGAUGGCUUGGGCUCUCUCGCCACUUUGUUCAUGGUACUCCAAGGGGAAGUCUGUAUGAAGCCUUGGGAACAUCUCAAAGACAUGAUAUUAGAAGGAAAAGAUGCAUUCACCUCUGCUCAUGGCAUGAGGUUUUUCGAACUCAUUGGUUCGAACGAACAAUUCGCUGAAAUGUUUAACCGGGCAAUGUCGGAAGCUUCCACAUUGAUUAUGAAGAAGGUUUUAGAAGUUUACAAAGGAUUCGAAGAUGUAAAUACUUUGGUGGAUGUGGGAGGAGGAAUUGGAACAAUCAUAGGUCAAGUGACUUCCAAGUAUCCUCAUAUUAAAGGCAUCAAUUUCGAUCUAGCAUCGGUUUUAGCCCAUGCUCCUUUUAAUAAAGGUACACGGCCACUAAGUGAUAAUUAAAAUUAAAAAGUUACCGCUCUUAAAAUUAUCAUAUUACUCUUGCUCAAUAUUACAUAUAGGAGUGGAGCAUGUUUCAGGAGAUAUGUUUAAAGAAAUUCCAAAAGGAGAUGCCAUCUUCAUGAAAGUAAGUAGAAAAUGAAAUGGUUAAUGAUUGACACUUUGACAGUGGAUACUACAUGAUUGGACUGACGAAGAUUGUGUAAAGAUCCUAAAAAAUUAUUGGAAAAGUCUUCCCGAGAAAGGAAAAGUGAUAAUAGUCGAGGUGGUUACGCCCGAGGAACCAAAGAUUAACGACAUUUCUUCUAACAUUGUGUUCGGUAUGGACAUGCUGAUGUUAGCAGUAAGCUCAGGUGGUAAGGAGAGGUCUCUUUCCCAAUUCGAGACUCUAGCCUCUGAUUCGGGUUUUCUUCGUUGUGAAAUCAUUUGUCAUGCCUUCUCAUAUAGUGUUAUCGAAUUACACAAAUAGGCUCGACAUUUUACCAACAAAAAUUACGAUUCAUCUCUCGUACAGUCGUACUUGCGGAGACUAUAUAGAGUGGUUGUAAUGUGUAAAAUAAUCUGUGUAUUGUUUUUUUUAUUUAUGUGAUUUAAACAAAUAGCAUGGUAUUAUAUAAAAAACAAUGUGUUGAUAUACCA